AUGAAUAUCACCCACCGUGAUCCGAGGGAGGCCUCGUUGGUCCAGAUGAAACGGUGCUUGUCUGGUGACCUGGAGAGCGCGGGUCAGAAGGUGCGCCAAUGCUUGGAGUCCAGUCGGUUCGCGCGAGGCCUACUGAAAGUGAUCGGAGUGCUGGCCGUCACUAUGGUGCUGGCUGAUGGCCUGCUCACUCCAGCCCAGUCCGUUCUUGGAGCCGUUCAAGGCAUUGAGGUUGUGCAGCCGAGCAUAUCCAAGGGCACAUUGAUCGGCGUUACUGAUGCCAUUCUUAUCGUGCUGUUUUUUAUUCAGCCGUUGGGGAUCACGAAAUUAUCAUUCGCGUUUUCACCGAUCGUGAUUAUCUGGCUCGGGUUCAAUGCGGCGACCGGUAUAUACAACCUCGUCAAGUAUGACGCCGGGGUUUUCCAGGCUUUUAAUCCUGGCCUCGCGUUCGAAUUCUUGGUCCGUAACAAAGAACACGGAUGGAGGAUGCUCGGUGGUACUUUGCUCGCCUUCACGGGUGUGGAAGCCCUCUUUGCGGACCUAGGCGCCUUCAGCCGAAGAGCAAUCCAGGUCAGCUGGCUGUGCUAUACGUUUCCGUGCCUUUUGUUAGCAUACAUCGGCCAGGCAGCGUACAUCAGCGUCCACCCAGAAGCAUAUUCGAAUCCCUUUUUCAACUCGGUCCCACCUGGAACCAUCUAUCCAGCCUUGAUCAUCGCCAUUUUAGCUGCUAUUGUUGCAUCGCAGGCUAUCAUUACCGCCACCUUCCAGCUUCUUGCGCAAGUGAUGAAACUCUCCUAUUUCCCUCAGAUCAAAGUUAUCCAUACUUCCCAGAUAUUCCACGGGCAGCUCUUCAUUCCCGUCGCGAAUUGGCUGCUGAUGAUUGGAACUAUCUUAAUCGCAUCGAUCUAUAACAACACAACAUCCUUGGGUAAUGCGUACGGUGUAUGUGUCAUGUUCGUGACCUUUUUCGACACCUGCAUGGUGUCUCUGGCUGCAAUGUUCGUCUGGCGGAUCAGCCCAUACCUUGUCUUCCUCCCGUGGCUCACCGUGGCCUGCCUGGAUGGUACUUAUCUCUCGUCGGCACUGACCAAGGUGCCUCAAGGUGCCUGGUUCACGAUCUCGCUCGCUGCAAUCCUUGCCAUGCUGUUUCUUUUGUGGCGAUACGGCAAAGAACAGCAGUGGUUCGCCGAAGCUGAGGACCGCUUCCCCACAUCACAUUUCAUCGUAUCCAGCCCAGAUGGCCAAAUGUCCCUGUCCAAGCGAUACGACGACCUUCCAGUUAGCGUCAACCGCGGCCUUGGGAUCUUCUUCGACAAAGCGGGCGAAACGACUCCGAUCGUGUUCAGCCAGUUUGUGCUUAAGCUCAACUCUUUGCCCGAGGUGAUUGUGUUCUUUCAUCUCCGCCCCCUCGAGCAACCUUCAGUCGCGGCUGAGAAUCGAUUUACCGUGUCGCGUUUGGCCAUUCCAAAUUGUUACCGGCUGGUUGUUCGAUACGGAUAUAAUGACGAGAUCAUCACACCCGACUUGGCGAGCGUGAUCGUCGACCAGGUCCGGAAAUAUCUAAUGCCGAGUAGCCCCAGCGUACCCUUAGGCGAAGAGGGCGAGGAAAAGGAUUCUGUGGCCCCUGACAGCUCGAUGGCGGAGGUCAGCAGAGACGCCCACGCCUUCGUCGGUUCUGAAAUCGCUCAUCUGGAAGAGGCACAUUCACACAAAGUGCUCUAUAUUGUGGGGAAGGAGCAGAUGAAAAUCAAGCCCGACACAACGCUCGUCCGAAAAUCCUUGCUACACGUCUUUUUGUGGAUCCGGGAUAACACGAGGAACAAAAUGGCUAACCUCCGACUGCCAACAGAUAAGCUGAUUGAGGUAGGAUUUCUGAAAGAGAUAUGA